AUGGCCGACGUAGAAAUGGAAAUCGACAACCCCCCCUCCCCCUCCGCCGCCCAAACAACAGGCGGCGCGCCCGCCCGCAACGAGUCCGAGAUGCAGACCCACGGCCGCGCCACCGCCGUCCGCUCCAUCGAGGGCUGGAUCGUCAUGGUCACCAACGUCCACGAGGAGGCCGACGAGGAGACCAUCCAGGACAAAUUCGGCGAGUACGGCGAGAUUAAGAACCUGCACCUCAACCUCGACAGACGAAGCGGUUACGUCAAGGGCUACGCCCUCAUCGAAUACGCAACCCUCGCCGAAGCCCGCGCCGCCAUCAACGACGCCCACGAGACCAAGCUCCUCGACCAGACCGUCUACGUCGACUUCGCCUUCGUCCGCCCUCCCCCCGGCGGCAAGGGCGGCGCCAACGCCCGCGGCGGCGCGAGGGCCCAGAACCGCGGCCGCGGACGCAGUCGUAGCCGCAGCAGGAGCAGGAGCGCCGAGAGGGAUGCUGGCGGUGCCAAGGACGGUGAAGAUAUCCAGUGA